AUGACUGCUCAAAAGGUGGAUAUAGGUUUCCUAGAAGAAAGAGACAAUUGGCUUUUACAUCCCAAAUUUUUUCCAAGUAAAGUAGGAGGAAAACCAGCAUGGUUGGAUCUUAAAAAUUUACCGCAUCCAAAUGAAUUGACUUGUAAAAAGUGCAGUGAACCUUUAAUUUUUCUUUGCCAAAUUUAUGCUCCCUAUGAAGAACGUACAGAUGCAUUUCACAGGACAAUAUUUCUGUUUGUGUGUAGGAAUGGUGUGUGCUGCCAAACAAAUGCUUCAGAUAAUUUCUUAGUUCUGCGUUGUCAACUAUCACGACAGAAUGACUAUUAUUCACAUGAACCUUGUGAAGAAAUAGAGAGUCAAGCUUUUUCAAUGGAUAAGUGGCCCAACUUAUGUAAUGUAUGUGGAACUAGAGCUCCUUCACACUGCGCUAAAUGUAAGAAAACUUACUACUGCAGUCGUAAACAUCAAGUUCUUGACUGGCAAAAAGGACAUAAAGCAAUGUGUUCCGAGUUACAGACAUUGGAUUCAUAUAAACCCAACAAUUUUAAAGUUACACAAGCAGGAAAAGCCUUGUUAUUCAAGGAAUGGGAGCUUAUUGUUGAUGAGGAAGAUGAGGAUGAUCCCAAAAAUGUUGAUGAAAAUGAGGAAAUGGAAAAGUUACGAAAAUUAAUGCAAGAAAAGAGAGCAGGUACAUUAAGUAAUGUCAGUGAAGAUGAAUUGGAACAAUAUACUAAAGCACAACCUGAAGACAAGGUUUUUAAUAAAUUCAGUAAAAGAAUCAAUAGACAUCCAGAUCAAGUACUAAGAUAUGACAGAGGGGGUCAACCUCUUUGGAUUACUUCUAAUACUGGUAGCUGUGUUGAUGAUAUUCCCAACUGUCAGUACUGUGGUGGCGAAAGGCAAUUUGAAUUACAAAUAAUGCCCCAGCUUCUAAACUUUAUAGAUGUUGGUAUAGAACUAAACAGCAUUGACUGGGGUGUACUAGUAGUAUACACUUGUAAAUCAAGUUGCAAUCAGGGGCCAGCUUAUAAACAGGAGUUUUUAACAAAACAAGAUUUGUCAAACUAA